UUUCCUGAGGACCAGCUGUUCAAGAGUACCCCGGAACUGAGCCAGGCACAGUUGAGACUCGGCUGGGGCUUGGCACCGCGGCAGAUUCCUCUGCAGCAAUGUCGGUAUUAGAAGAAAGCCGGCCGUUUGCUCAACAGCUAUCCAAUGUCUAUUUUACGAUACUCUCCCUUUUCUGUUUUAAACUUUUUGUGAAAAUCAGCCUUGCCAUCCUCAGUCAUUUCUACAUCGUGAAAGGCAACCGAAAGGAGGCCGCCAGGAUAGCAGCUGAAUUUUAUGGCGUAACCCAAGGACAAGGCUCCUGGGCAGAUCGAUCACCACUCCAUGAAGCUGCAAGCCAAGGUCGACUUCUUGCUCUGAGGACACUAUUAUCACAAGGUUAUAAUGUAAAUGCAGUAACGAUAGACCAUGUCACCCCCCUUCACGAGGCCUGCCUGGGAGAUCAUGUGGCAUGUGCAAGGACUCUUCUGGAAGCUGGAGCUAAUGCAAAUGCAAUCACGAUAGACGGUGUGACUCCCUUGUUCAACGCAUGCUCACAAGGCAGUGCAAGCUGUGCAGAACUUCUUUUGGAAUAUGGUGCCAAAGCCCAACUGGAGUCUUGUUUUCCAUCCCCAACACAUGAGGCUGCAAGUAAAGGGCACCAUGAAUGUCUCGACAUUCUGAUGGCCUGGGGCAUCGAUGUUGACCAAGACAUUCCUCACCUGGGAACUCCUCUUUAUGUAGCGUGCAUGUCACAGCAGUUCCACUGCAUCUGGAAGCUUCUUUAUGCUGGUGCUGAUGUCCACAAAGGCAAGUAUUGGGACACGCCACUCCAUGCUGCUGCUCAGCAGCCCAGUACUGAAAUUGUAAACUUACUGCUAGAAUUUGGAGCAGACAUCAAUGCCAAGAACACAGAACUUCUGCGGCCGGUUGAUAUGGCUACAUCUAACAGUGCUGUAGAGAGACUACUUCUUCAACAUGAAGCUACCCCAAGUUCUCUUUGUCAACUCUGUCGACUCUGUAUCCGCAACUACAUAGGAAGACAAAGGUUGCAUCUUCUCUCCCAGCUCCAGUUACCAACGUUGCUGCAGAAUUUCAUACAGUAUCGAUAACACAGUAAAUAGUUUUACAUUCUUUGAAAAUCAAAACUUUAUAUUUUAUUUUCUUUUUAAAAUAUAGAUUGAUAUGGGUGAAGGCAAGUAUAGUUCACCCAAGGAAGCAGUGGAAUCUCAACAGAGUGUCAUUGAAGAAUACUCACUAGUACUGUUUAUGAAUUUUUGUGGUCUUUUGAGCUAUAAUAUGUUUAAAAUAUCUAUACUAUCUUAGCAAUUUCAGUAUACCUUCUUGACUUGGGGGAAUAUGAGUAUUAUUCAUUUUAUGUUUUUUAUUAUAGAGCAGAAAAAUUACAUACUUUUACUAAAUUUUUAAUUCAAUAAUAAAUUUCAUACUGUGUUACAUUUUGAAGAAUCUGUAGUCUUCAAAUAAUAGGCUAACUGUAAUUUCAGCUACUACCAUUGGUUAUCUCUGUAUUUUUAAUAUUGACAAAAAUUUUAGAGCAACUAAUAUGCUUUUUGAAAUAAAGAUGAAUUAUACACUUGC